UCCCAGUUUAAUUUCCUGUAUUCCCAGUACUCCCCAGUUCUGAACAAGCUCUUCUGCCGUCCGGCCAAGCCGUGUCCGGUCCAGGUCCGCGUGGCCGCCCCUCCCCCGCCCGGGGCCGUGCUCAGAGCUUUGGCCAUUACAGAAAUCGCCAAAACCCCACAGAAAUCCCAAAGAAAACCCCAAAUAUCCCCCAGACACAGCGUGGCCGUGCCCUAUGAACCCCCUGAGGUGGGUUCCGAGUGCACCACGGUCCUGUACAAUUUCAUGUGCAACAGCUCCUGCAUGGGGGGGAUGAACCGGAGACCGAUCCUGACCAUCCUC